AGAAAGAAGAAGCACAUGACUCGUGCAGUACCGCUACAAAAUAUUUACAUAUUUUCUAGUUUUCCUAUUCAUUGUUUAAAUUAAAAUUUAUAUUUAAAUAAAUCUAAAAAUGGUUACACCGUCAGACACUAUAACAAUGGAUACACAAGGAAGUAAUGUCGGGCUGCAGGAUCUGAAGUUGCGUCAAAUAAAUUGCGAACUCAAUCCUUUGACUCGUUCUGACGGUUCUGCUUUGUUCACGCAAGGAGGAACCUGUGUACUUACUUCGAUGCUUGGUCCAGUUGAAGUAAAAUCUCAGAACCUUAACAUAGAAAAGGCGCAUGUUGAGUGUAUCUACCGGCCAAAAGCAGGCAUUCCAACAAUAGAGGAUAAGUUGACGGAGACCGUUAUACGUGAUACAUGUGAGUCAGCUUUACUAACUAUGCUUCAUCCACGGACAACUAUUUCUAUACAAAUACAGGAAUUGGAUGAUCGAUGUGGUAUUGAAGCUUGUGCAAUUAAUGGUGCUUGCUUGGCGUUGCUGAUUGGUGGUGUGCCGAUGAAAUUCACUAUCGCUGCGGUACAUUGCAUAGUAGACAAAGACGACAAGGUGGUACUGGAUCCUGACCAUUGUGAAGCGAUAGGAAAGCGAGCUAGUUUUGUAUUUGUUUUCGAUAGUUUGGAUAGGAAUUUAGUAACAGUUCACACACGUGGACGUUUUCGUAUGGGUCAAUUUAAUGAUGCAGAAUGCAUGAGUCGUGCAGCAAGUCAGAUAAUAUUUAAUUUUUACCGGCGAAUCAUUUCGAAUUUCCAUAACAAAUCAUUGUUGACCGCUGAUAGUAAGGCACGCAAUACAGAAGCGGAGUCGGUAGUAAAAUCAGAACAAAUGGAUAUAUAGGAAAACUAAAUCACAAAUAAAAAAGUUUUAUUGGCUCAUACGAUUAUCCCAUUUGUACUAAUCAAAACAAUCGAGUUUUCAAAUGACCACAAAUGAUGCCGGUAAGAACGUAACCGUCAAUGGCGACCGUUAUCGCAUCAUGAUAACCGACUAUUUGAUGCUUGAAAUUGGAGCACGUGAUUUCGGCGACAUUUGAUUUCAAUAAGACGGAGCCACUUCCCACACAUUGCACCAAUCAAUGGAUUUAUUGAUAGAAAACCUCAGUGUGCAGAUAACUUCACGUUUUGGGCCGGUCGAUUGGUCACCAUGCGGUGUGAUAUCACACCGUCAGAUGUUUUCCUGUGGGAAUUUGUAAAGUCUAAAGCCUAUGCAGACAAUCAUGCUUCGAUAUAGGACUUGGAGCAAAACAUCACGCGUGUCAUUCGAAAGUUACCAGUCGAAAUGUUCGAACGUGGCAUCGAAAAUUGAACUCAACGGAUGGAUCAUCUGAGACAUAGCUGCAGUUAACAUUUGAAUGAGAUAAUCUUUAAAAUGCAAAAGAAUGUUCUUUCGAAUGAUAAUAAACAUUCCCUAUUAUGUUUUAA